AUGUAUACGCUAACUAUACUGGCUCAAAUAUAUCUACUAUACAAUAUUAUCAGUCAGCGUCAGCACCGGCACAACCAACUGGCCUAUCGGACACCAUUACCACCGAAACCCCGAUACGAUUAUAUAGUAGUCGGCUCAGGCAGUGCCGGUGCUAUUGUCUCGUGUCGACUAUCCCAAUGGGGUUGGGAUGUACUGCUACUGGAAGCUGGCGGACCAUCCGAUGCCCUGUUAGAGGAUAUACCAGCCCUGGGCCUACCCUACCAGAGCUUACAUAAACAAAACUAUUGGUCAUAUAGACAGUCAGUCCAGAAAUAUACUAGUCGUUCAUUGGAAAUCAUUGGCCGUCACUUUGAACCUAAGGGCCGUGUUUUAGGUGGUUCCUCGACUGUCAACUAUAUGGCCUAUAAUAGAGGUAAUCGUAAAUACUAUGAUAUGAUUGCCUCAAAAUACGGUGCCAUUGGUUGGGAUUAUGCGAGUGUUUUGCCAGUAUUUAAACUAAUGGAAAACAAUACCGACCCCCGGGUUAUGGAUGAAUAUCACGGCCGUCAGGGACCGGUACGAGUGUCCACACCCAGUGAACCGUUACCUAUAUAUUUGAAACAAGCUCAGGCUGCCCGUGAAUGGGGACUCGACUUAACGGACGUUAAUGGCCCGAAUCAAACUGGGUUUUCAUUUAGUCAGUCGACCAGCAGUGACGGGGGUCUACGGUCAUCGACAUUGAAUGCCUAUUUGCUAAGUGGUUUGUGUCCCCAAUUGACUAUAGUUACCGGAGCUCAGGUAUCUAAAGUGCUAAUCAAACGUAAUCCAACCGAUAACCAACCUCCUCGGGCACAGGGAGUUGAGUUUAUUAAAUCAAAUCGUACUUAUAGUGUAUGGACUAAACGUGAGGUCAUAGUAUCGGCAGGUACUAUAGUCAGUCCACAGUUGCUUAUGCUAUCGGGUAUCGGCCCAGCCGGUCAUCUACAGGACACUGGACUAGGUAUUCGGGAAGUGUAUGCCGAUCUGCCCGGUGUUGGCCAAAACUAUUGCAAUCAUUUGGCCGUAUCGCUAGAUUUCCCGAUACGUCAACCAGGAAUGGUCGGACCAUGGCCAACAUGGUCUAACCUAACACAACUGUACGACACGACUGUCCUCGGUCGGGGUCCACUAGCCCGACAACAAUAUUCAUUAAUGUAUUGGUCAUCAACCAGUGGUGGUGAUGGUGGUGUCGACACCGAUGACUAUCCAGAUAUCUAUGUAAUUAGUUUGACUAGUAAUAGACAGGCCCGGGCAAUGUUGGCCAGCCCUGUUAGGCCAGUUAGUUGCGGUAUAGUUAGAUUAAAUAGUAGCCGUAUAGAGGAUCAACCAGUUAUUGAUCCCCAAUUUUUAUCGGCUAAAAUUGAUCGCUUGAGGAUCCGGGAGGCAAUUAUACGGACAUUUCGUUUUGUUGAAACUACUAGUUUCAGUCAAUAUGUUAGUAUACCGAGUCAGCCGCUAAAAAAUUGUCAGUACUGUCCCACUGGUCCUGUCUACCAGUGCUUAAGUUAUAUUGAUUGUUUGAUCAGGGAAUGGGCCGGUACUCAUGUUCAUCCAGUAGGUACAUGUCGUAUGGGUGACCCCGGGCGCAGGGAUACUGUAGUCGACCCGCGAUUGCGUGUCAAAGGUAUCCGAGGUUUGCGUGUUUGCGAUGCGUCCGUCUAUCCGGAGAUAAUCAAUGCCAAUACAAAUGCCGGGGCAAUGUUGGCCGGGGAGAUGGGCGCCCGAUUCAUACAUGAAGAUAAUCAAUAA